AUGCUCACAUACCAGCCAAACCAAUUAUGCCUCCCGAAUGAGCUGAUUGAUAUCGUCAUCUCUCAUUUACCAGCCCACGAUCUCACCCAAAUAUCUCGGACCUGCAAAUCACUCAACAAGUUUGCCGAAUCAAAGUUAUGGACAACUCUCGAAUUCCAUCAUCCAAGUUUUCAUCAACAGUGUGAUAAGAAGCAGUCACUGCCCGAAAUUAGCUCAUCAGAUCGAUUCUAUCAGUGGGGCUCGUCUCGUCAGGGUCCUUGGAGAGUUGGAACGCUCCUCCAAAUACUGCACAAUUUAGACACAGACCGGUUAAGGAAUGUUUGCGCACGUGUCAAGUCGAUAUGCAUUGUUCUUCAAGAAAGCUUGAGCUUUUGGGAGUUUCUACCUUACUUUGUCAAUCUUGAAAGUCUUGAACUACACACUGAUCAUCGGGAGACUGUUGAAGACAGAUCUUUUGAUACGUCUCGGCCAGUAUUAUCCAAGAUUCGAUUUGCGAGGCUGGUUGGCUAUGUUCCAGUCCCGGUGGUAGAAUGGCUGUUGGCUUCGGGUAAGAAUAUCGAGCGACUCGAGCUUGAGCUGCUAAAGGAAGGCAUGCCAGUUGCUUCGUGUAUCGACGAGAUUCUGCAAGACCACCCUGAAGAUACCGAGAGCCCACUUCGGGCUGACAGACAAGGGAACACAGAUGGGUGGUCGUGUAUCCCACGACCGCUCUCUGGCUUCUUACCUGACAAGCAUCAGCUUGCGCUUCCAAAGUUGAGAUACUUGUAUCUGUGCCAACCUUCUGACAACGAUCUGGAGAAUGAGAUGGAUCAGAACUACUUUUGGUCUACACACGCAGAGAUCGCUGCCCAUAAAGAUUGGGGGCAGAUCCUCAAAUCUUGUAGCGCAACACUUGAGACUUUGAUCGUAGAGCAGAAGAUCGGAAUGGAGGAUUGCGAUCCAGAAUGUGACCGGGAGCAUGAAUUCAUCAAAGGUGACCAUCAAGGGCUUCGAAGCAAGAGGCUGUUGGACCUCCUUGAAGGGAUUCUGGCACAACAGGAAUUCCCUGUCUUGAGGCAUGUGCUAUUAAAGGGAAUCGCAGUCAGUGCUGGGACGCCAGGAGCCGAGUUUAUGGAACUGCUGAAAGGGUUGGAUAUCGGAUGCGAGGCCAGGCUUGGCGAUUGCUACAUGUUUGAUAUGGGGGAUGGUUCGGCAUGUAUAUGUGAUUGGGACUUCUACAGUGAGGGUGAUGACGGUCUAGCAGGGGAGGAAAUCUUAGCCACAGUUUAA